AUGAAGGAGUUCAAGCUGCCUCAGAGGUGGUUGGCACAGAAACACAACACCUCCUGGCACUCCAACUACCAGUGCUGGGCUAGAUGUUCAAGGGAAAGGUGCCUUCCACACAUCACGCCACUGACACCACAUGGAGCAAGUGGAUUGCUCUCAUCACUCAGCGCCCAUAUUGGGAAUCCAAAUGGCCCUGGGAUUCUGGAAAUAAUUACAAACUGGCCUGAAGGUGAGACUUUUGGAUUGUCUUCUGAAGAAGAAGAGGAGCAAGUGGCACGUGCUGAGGAAGCCCCACCAUAUAAUGAGCUACCGGAGGCUGAAAGACGAUAUGCCCUCUUCACUGAUGGCUCCUGCCGAAUUGUAGGCUCUCACUGGAAAUGGAAAGCUGCAGUAUGGAGCCCCACACGACAAGUUGCACAAGCUACCGAGGGACAAGGUGGAUCGAGUCAGGUCGCAGAGCUAAAAGCCGUCCAGUUGGCUUUGGAUAUUGCUGAACGAGAGAAGUGGCCAAGGCUCUAUCUCUACACUGACUCAUGGAUGGUAGCUAAUGCUCUGUGGGGAUGGCUGGAUCACUGGAAAAAGGCCAACUGGCAACGCAGAAGGAAACCCAUAUGGGCAGCUGAGAUUUGGCAGGACAUUGCUGCCCGAGUAGAGAAACUGACCAUAAAGGUUCGACACGUGGAUGCACAUGUACCCAAAAGCCGAGCUAAUGAAGAACAUUACAACAACGAGCAGGUGGACCGAGCUGCCAAAGUGAAAGUAUCACAGGUAGAUCUAGACUGGCAGCACAAGGGAGAAUCAUUCCUAGCUCGUUGGGCCCAUGAUGCCUCUGGUCAUCAGGGGAGAGAUGCGACGUACCGAUGGGCCCGUGACCGAGGGGUGGACCUUACCAUGGACAGCAUCUCACAGGUCAUCCAUGACUGUGAGACCUGUGCCGCAAUCAAACAGGCCAAGCGGGUGAAGCCUCUGUGGUACGGUGGACGAUGGUCGAAGUACAGGUAUGGGAAAGCCUGGCAAAUUGACUGCAUCACCCUUCCCCAAACCUGCCAGGGCAAACGCUACGUACUGACCAUGGUGGAAGCAACUACAGGAUGGUUAGAAACCUACCCUGUGCCUUAUGCCACUGCCCGGAACACCAUCUUGGGCCUAAAAAAACAAGUCCUUUGGAGGCAUGGUACACCUGAGAGAAUUGAGUCAGACAACGGGACUCAUUUCAAGAACAGUCUUAUAAACACCUGGGCUAGAGAACACGGCAUUGAGUGUGUGUACCAUAUCCCCUACCAUGCACCAGCUGCAGGGAAAGUUGAACGGUGCAAUGGCCUGCUUAAAACUACCUUGAAGGCACUGGGUGGGGGAACUUUCAAGAACUGGGAGAUUAAUCUACCAAAGGCCACAUGGUUAGUGAACACCCGAGGUUCCACUAGCUGAGCAGGCCCUGCCCA